UCGGGCCGCAGGGGGCGCGCUCCUUGGGUCGGGCUGUGCGCGCCGCCGUGCGUGGAGCGGGCCGGGCCGGCCAUGGGCACCCGCCUGCGGCCCGCCGCGCUGUGGGGGGCGGCGCUGGCUGUGGCGGGCGGCGCGGCUGUGGCGGCCUGGGCCUGGGCCCGCCUGCGGAGACGGGCCGCGCCGCCCGCCGCCCGUCCCGCCGCCGCCGCCGAUCAGGGUAAAGGGCACAGCAAGCAGAUACUGGUGCUGGGCCUGGAUGGGGCUGGGAAGACCAGCGUUCUCCACUCCCUGGCAACUAACCACGUCAAGCGCAGCGUGGCUCCCACCGAGGGCUUCAAUGCCAUCUGCGUCAACACCGAAGAGUCCCAGAUGGAGUUCCUGGAGAUCGGGGGCAGUGAAUCUCUGCGUUCAUACUGGAAGAUGUACUUGCCCAAAGUGCUGUUGCUCAUCUAUGUCGUGGACUCAGCCGAUCACGCCCGACUGCCUGUGGCGAAACAGCUGCUUCAUCAACUGAUCCAGAACAACUCCACCCUGCCGGUGGUGGUUCUGGCCAACAAGCAGGACCUCGAAGGUGCAUAUUGCAUCACUGAUAUCCAUGAUGCUCUGGCCCUGUCUGAUAUUGGGGACGAGAGGAAGAUGUUCUUGAUUGGUACCCACGUGGCAGAGGAUGGCUCCGAGAUCUCCUCCAGCAUGAAGGAUGCCAAGGAGCUGAUAGCGCAGCUGGUUUUGGAAACACAGUGACGGCUCUUUUCCUACAACAUGAUAUUUGCCACUGAGGGAGAUGAGGUGUUAGUGUAUGGUCAGUGGUGACUAAAAUGUACAGAUGUCUUUUCCUUGUGGGUGUGGAAUUCCUCUGAAAAUGAUGUCUAGUUGGUAAGAAAAUCUAAUUUAUAGUGGUUUGAAAAUACAUUUGAAAAGUAGUCUACUUUUUAGCGUAUUUGUAGGGGAAAAUUAGUCUGUCAGACAGCAGAGUUAAGGGAAUAUAUAGCUUAGAUAGAUAGGCUGAGAUGGCUUCUUGCCAGGUGGGAAUCGAGCAUUGACUUCAACGGAACGAAGUUGUAUCCAGUGAAUUUAACCUGGCUUGAUGUCUCAGGCUUAAAUUGAAAUAUGUUUACUUCACAGGCUUUGCAGAACCUUGUUAACGCAUUUUUCUGUUAAAAAUGAGACCUCGCUUCUUGAGAGUGUCAGAAAUUUAAAGUGCUGGAUUAGUAUUUUUGACAGUGACAAUUUGUGUUGUUGCUGUAUUGGAGCCGGCUUCUAAGGGAGUGGCAAAUCAGUAAUCUCUGGAAAUGGGGUUGGUUACUGCUUCUCUGGUGGGUAAGAGCAAGAAAAUGAAAACAGUAGGACAUUGUUUCUUUGCCUACAGGGAAAAACCAAACCAGUGUAAUUUAAGAUAGAGACUGAAAGCUUAAAUUGACGCCAAAGGUGGGAGACUCCUCCAUCAGGCUGGGCGGCUUAUUUUGGUUCAGUCCAGGUCGUCCUUGAGCAAGCACUCUUGCAUGUGAAAAACCUGUUGUUUUUUGGAAGUGAUUUCUGUCAGCGCAGCAGGUGAGGGAGAUGAGCUGCCGACCAGUGUCAUUCUCCUAAUUAUACUCCAAGAACGCGAUCCAGGAUCCGGGCAGUUCUGUAAAAGACCUGUUUUGCAACCGCAUUUACUGUAUGAGGGUUUUAUAGUUUCAUCCAUUGGAAGGGAUGCAUAAAGCAGAACAUUUUACCCUAA